GUUUUCAAAUUACAUUGCUGACUUCGUAGUCCGGAACUUGUGUGUAGGUGUUGAUCGGAGUGGCCCUGCGAUUCUGGAGUUUGACUGUAUAGUAAACAUGUGGGCUCAUAAUUAUACUUCGAUAUCUAAUGUCACAAAUUUAUUAUCUAAAAGUUGUUUGUGCACAGAUCUGAAAGAUUCACCAAAUGAACACUUUAAUGACGACUGCGAAAAUUUCGAAGAAAUGUACGACUUGGAUGGAUUGGAAGAAGUUUUUGCGGAUCAUAUACUCAUGAAGAAACGCCUCCAAAAGACAUUGUAUGCUGGUGGUUUUGAUGACUUGGACGACUUGCCUGAUCAUCCUCCUUUAGCCUUGACUGGAUUAGCUUUAGAAUUGUUUUCAAAAGCAGUGCCAAAUUAUGGAUUGGAUAUACUGGACAUGGAUUAUGUUGCUGCAACAUCUGAAGCUGCUAGAAUUUCCCCCUGUGCUAUGAUAAUUGCCAUGAUUUAUUUGGAACGACUGCAGAUUAAAAAUAAUGAAUACCUUGAAAACGUUUCUCCACCUGGACUCUUUGUGGUUACAAUGUUAGUUGCAUCUAAGUUUCUCUUUGAAGAUGAAGAAGACAUUGUCACUAAUCAAAUGUGGGCUGAAGUACUCAAUUUUGAUGUUAAAGAAUUAAACAGUCUUGAGCACGACUUUUUGUCUGCAAUUAAAUGGAAAGUGUUUGUUAGUAAAUCAGAGUACUUACGCUGGCUAGAUGAUAUUGAAAGAGUGAUUGCUAUUAAACAGUCAUCACUCCGGAACUGGUCAUCAUAUAGUGAUAUGAAUGUUAUUAUGAAAGAUCCUGGAUUUCAGAGGUUAUUCAAAACGUUUUUGGAUAAAAUUGUGAAGACAACAGUAUUAUGGUCUCUGGGAUAUGUGGCAACUGCUGUAGCAUUAUAUUGCACAGGGAUGGCCUUACAGAAAUUUAAGACUGAAAGACUUCAUUCACAAGAUUUUGUACUUCAAAAUAACUCAAUUAAAUUACAGACAUCUCUUCACUCUUCUGUUGGAAAUUUCUACUCAUCUGAUGAAUUGCCUUCCAAUACCCAAGUUAUUGAACAAAGUCUAUAUCAGCCGUUACUGUUUCUCGAAUCAUCUGAGGAAAAUAUACGCAACCAAAUUAGGAACAGUCAAAGUUGUUCAAUCACUUUUAAAAGAAAAUCAUGUGUUUAUAUGUUAGAAAUAACUAAUGCAUUUUUAUCACAGAAAUUAGGAAUCUCUUCAGCUGGUUAUUUCUUCAGAAAUCGAUCAUUGUUAAAUGAAACAAAAGCCAGCAGUAUGGCCUGGUUAAAAAUUAGACAGAAGAGAUGUGUUCCUGUCCUUAUGAGAUAGUACUUUUAGUACUGAAAUGCAAAUAAUUGUUACAAAAAUAAUUUUAAAUUUGAUAAAAAAAUAAUAUUUUUAUUGCUGUUUUAAAAUGUAAAUUUUUACAUCUGUACAGAUUUGUAGAUAAAAAUUUAAGAAUUUAUAGUAGACAUAAAUAAAAAUUGUGAUUUUUUUUUGUAUUUUUUUUUUUUUAAAAGUACAACUGAAACUUUUAUCUUAAUUUAAUUAACUUGCCUUAUAUAUUGUUGAAUUGAAAAUAAACUGUCCUGACUGCU